GGCUUUCUUACAGAGGAGAGGCAGCGGCGGCGGAGAUGGACUCACACCUCUGAUUACUGCUCAUCCUCCUGUCAGCUUUUCUCGCAGAUCUGGAACGGCUACAUUUCACAGACGGGAUUUUUGUUGGUUCUGGACGGACAGACUGCAGCCACCUGAACGCAGGAAGGAAAGAUUUUUAGUUACAUUCCGACGCUCAGUUCUGUGGUCUCACCUGUACUGCCGGUGGGGAGACUCGCUGCGAUCAUAAUGCAUCCGAAUAAGUGCUUACCUGAACUGAUGGCCGAGAAAAACAGCCUGGACCCUUCUUUUGUUCAUGCGGUUCGGCUUCUAGCAGAGGGUAAGUCAGAGAUUGGGAAAUAUGAAGGUGAUGAGCUGAAAAAAGACGCGGACACAAAGAAAUACCUUGAUAUUAUCAGCAAUAAAAACAUCAAGCUUUCUGAAAGAGUUCUUAUUCCUAUCCAACAGUAUCCAAAGUUUAACUUUGUAGGGAAGCUGCUUGGACCGCGAGGGAACUCUAUGAAAAGAUUACAAGAGGAGACAGGAGUGAAGAUGUCCAUCCUUGGCAAAGGAUCCAUGAGGGAUAAAGAAAAAGAAGAAGAAUUACGGAAAAGCGGGGAGGCCAAAUACGCCCACCUGUGUAAUGAUUUACACGUUUUAAUUGAAGUCUUCGCUCCACCAGGAGAGGCCUAUUCCCGCAUGAGUCAUGCCUUGGAGGAAAUAAAAAAAUUUCUUGUUCCAGACUACAAUGAUGAGAUCAGGCAAGAGCAGCUGAGAGAGUUAUCCCUGCUGAACGGAUCAGACGAGUCGAGCAGAGGGAGGAGCAUACAGGGGAGGAGCCUAAGGACAACAACCGCAUCCACAAUGGGCCACGGAGGUGCAAGCAGAAGAGCAGCAACACCACGAGGGACAGCCGCAGCCACACACAGCAAACUUCCCAAAACUGCUCUGACGAGGGACUUGCAAGCUCCACGGAUCAGGGGGGCAGCAGCAAACGCCGGAUACAGGCCCCCACUGUUAGCAGUCACACAUGAAUCAUAUGAUGACUAUGGCUAUGAAGACGGAUAUGAUGAAGAAUAUGAAGAUGAGACUUAUGAAGAAUAUGAUGAAAACUACAGCACUCAGACAAAGAGCAUUUCAGAAUAUUAUGAACAUGGACACGGAACCAGUGAUGAAUCAUACAACAGCUAUGAAGAAGAGUGGACAAGCCCCAGACCCAUUCUCAAAGCUCCCGCUUUACGCCUGACAAGAGGAGGCUACAGAAAACAUCCCUAUGAUACUGAAAAACACUGUAGUGUGUUGUCAUCAAAGCACAGAGAAACACUGCAGGGCACAAAGAAGACACAUUCAAGAUGGAAGAUUCCCUUCACACAAUUUCAUCUUCGUCCGAAGAGAAAAUUCUUGGAGACAGAAGCAGACUUCAGGGGAAAAUCCAAUGUGAGACAUGAUGGAAGAUCCACAGGUAAGGAAGCGAAAUCUAAAAUUGCUUCCAUUAUUAUAUCGAAGGAGCUAUGCAUUCUAUGUAUUUUGAGCAGAUUAAAUCUUGACCAAGCCAUGCCACAUGCAGAUUUGGAAUUGAAAUUGCUUUUGUUCAACCAAGGCAUUUUCUUUACAUAGUAGAAAAUAUGAUGUGAAGAGUUUAAAAAUAGAUUUUAAAUAUUUUAUUUAAACUAGAUGAAAACAAUUAUUUUAAAAAUAGGCAAAAAAAUCUUUAUUAUUAUCCCUUUUAUAACUUUAAUGUUGAAAUGCAUCCUUGCUGUUACCCUGAUCUUAAGCUCCCACCACAGAUUAUGUUACAUUUAAGUCAGAAUUGGCUGGGCCACUUCAAAGCGUUCCAAUCAGAAAGGGCAUGUUGGUGAAAUUAAGACUAAGACUAAGUGGGUUUGUGUUUGGAUGUGUAGGAAGCCACUUAAAAGCGAGGCACCACUCAUGCAAAAAGCUCUUCAGACUGUAGCCACUGAAUAGUCCUGAUAUGACCAUUGUUUCAGAUUUAUUUGUUUCUUUCUAUAAAUUUUCCCUUCAAAGAACAUAAUGCAACAACAACAAAAAUGUGUUCUUAUUUCUAUGCAGAUUCUUCUGUGGAGUUGUUUGUAAUGACAUGUCCUCUGAAAAUAAAAUGAAAAUAAAUAUGUAUGAUUGAUAAUAAACCUCCCACAGCUUGAGCUAAUACCAACACAUUCUGUGGUCAUGUAAUGACACCAUCUGCUCCUGGGUUCAGACUGGCUGCUAGAGAGCGAGGCGUUCUCAAUGUGCAGCAUUACGCACUCGCCAGUUUUGCUAAGCAACUGGAAACAAAUAAAUGAUGCCUGCCAAGUCUUAUGCUGAGUGUUUUUAUUUCCUUUAAUAAUUGCACCCUUAUUGCUCAUAACAACAUGAUAAAAGCUUGUUUGCAAAGGUUUAGGUGAGAGUGAGGAGCUUUAGAUUCCCCCUGUAUCCAUUUCAAGGACAAGCUGAUUGUGUCGGGCUAAAAGCUGCAUCUCCAUACAAAAAUGUCACCCUGGAUGUUGUACGUUAGUUGACAGAUUAUAACCAGGGGAUUCGCAAAGAGACAGCCAGUGGAUCGAGGGGAAUUACUGAGUCGCAGUUGAUGCUCACCCAGCCCAAAUGUCAGACCCGAGGGCUCAGACUGCUACAAACCAAGGACACAAGUGUUAUUUAUCACACUCAUAAAAAUCCAUUUGAAGAGAUUGUUGCAUGCUUUUUUAGUAAACAUUGUAAACCAUUAUUGUAAAAAUACUAAGAGAUAGGUUGGCCUUGGGAAAAUACGCUAAAUUGUUGUGUUGUUUGUAGUUGGAUUGGAAAAUUAUGUCAGGUUAUUAAAAGAACAAAUGAUGUAAUUAAAAGAAGAAAUUUAAUCUAAAUAGUCCAUUUUGAACUGUUUAAGCGAAAAUAUCCAGGGCUAUAUAGAUUUACUCUUCAUGUAUAUAUUUUUACAUCCCUUUGUGGAACAAUGUGAAAAUGCAGGUCAUUGUUGUCACAGAGGUUCGUUUAUACUGACAGUACCAAGUGAAUGUGGUAGUAAACAACUGUGAUCAAUACAAAGAAUCAAGUUUUCAUGUGAUUUAUUAGCUUUAGUAAAUAUUAUGCUAGGCAAACUACUUUUGACAGAUUGUAAUGUGGAUUCUGAAGCAUUUCAUCUGGUCUGAUUGACAUUUUCCCCAAGUACUACCAUUCAGUUUCAGAGAAUGUGAAAACCUUUUGACUUUUUUUGGCUUCUUCCCUGCUGGUGUUGGCUGGAAUGAUGCUACUGGUAUAUACUGUACUGCAGCUCAUUUUGAGGCUAACUGGUUUGUCUGGCUCCAUCAUCAGUGUGUCAGCCUUGUCAUCAUUCCUGCCAGUUAUGGAGAAAGUUGCGGCAGUUUUUCAGAUCCCUGCAGGAUUUAGUUGGUGCCUGAAAAUGCAGUCUGGCAAUUCCAGUCCAUCACAAACUGAUUUCACAUGUUUUUAUUCCCAAAUUAUCUCAAAACCUAUGCAUUAUUCCCACAUACGGCUAAUGACUUUUGAUUUCAGCAAGAAUUUGAAACAAUUACAUGAAUGGCAAAGGAUUUGUGUAAAUAUAUGCAGUGAAUAUUCUUCUGGCAUGUGCCUUUUGUGCAUCACUUGUUUAUCUCCUCUCUGUUUGUCUUCAGGCAUACUUUGUAGGAUGGGCUGAACACCUGGUGGACUAUAAAACUUUCAAGUCUGAUUGUUAUGGGCAUGGACUAUAAAAUAUCCUUUGGCUAUAUAUUUUUUAUUUCCCCUAAAAUCUACAGAGUUUGUAUUUGUAGCUUUGAGGACAGAAUUUUAUUGUUUUCAUAAAACUUCACUUUGGUUGUUCUAAGAUAAAAUAGGGGAAAUUACCAUGGAACAUGUCAACAUUUUCUCAGUAAAUCUAUUUAUUAUGGGGCUAUUGGCAAGAAAUUCACACCUGAUUCGGGAAAAUAAUUCACACAGGUCUGUAGACUAAGUUAUGUGAAAUAAAAUUGAACGACACAGGGUAAGUACUAACAAGAAAAGUAUUUUUAGGCUAACUCCAGUUCGUUUUCCAAAGAUGAUGAACAGUUAGUUCAUUGGUGUAAUGACUUAACUGGAAUAUAAUGUUUGUGAUGAGGAGAAUUUUAUGUGAAUAUUCUCUUUAGAAAUAUAUUCACUGAGAAAGAUAUUGAUGCAUUGAAUGCUUAUUUUACAAAUUAUUAUUGUCCUCUGUUUUUUUUUUUAUUUUGAAAAUCCUGAUUAUUAAAAUGGUGAGAUGUUUUCAUUUAGCGUCUGCUGUGAUUUCAGACUUGACCGACUGCACCCUGUAUCUUUACCCCAGUUGUUGUAAUAAAUGGUACACUUAGGGCUGCCAACAGGAACAUGUUAGUUCAUUAAGUAAGUCGAGCCCACUGCCAACGUCCUGGCCAAAUGUCACAGCCAGUUUACAACCCUGCUGGUAAAUCCUCCUGCUGCUCCGUACAGCUUCACUUCUAGUCAUUUCCCUGGGUCUUCAUAAUGAAUUAUGCUCUCUGUACCUCUAAAUAUGGCACAUGGUAAUUAACGUCAGAGAUAGAUGGAAGCAAUACAAGGUCACUACUGUUCAAAUAAAUGUUCAUAACCGGCUUCUUUUUGAGUUCCUGUGUUCAAAUUUAAUUCACAAAACAGCUUUUCAGUCGCCUUGUGAAGCAGGCAUAUCAAAACAUGUUUGAUGUGCCUAACUUGCAAUAUGAUCUUCUGCAUCAUAUUUGUUGCAGAAGAUCAUCUAUUUCUUAUUGUUUUGGAUGGAGGGGGAUUUCAUACAUCUACACAAGGUAUCCACCCCUCUCCCUCACUCUGAUAUGUGCUUAAUUCAUUUGCCUCAUGACACACUCCACACAGCCUGUUAGGCAGUAUGGCAUUUAUCUCCCUUGAUAUUACUUGAUCUAAAUCCUAAAAGCACAAAGACACUAAAAGUGGGUCAGGAUUUAGGCAACGUACAUUGCCUCAACACAGUGUGUAGCGUUAACUAACACACUGCAGCUUUCUCCAUCAAGGACAAGUACCUGAGCAAACUCAGCUCUGUUUGGACAGCUGCUUGAUGAGCCAGAAUAGAGAAUGAGGGCUUAUGAUCACCAGAAGUCAAAAAGGGCCUCUUCAGCACCACGGCACUUUUGAUGAAAUGAUGUCUGUGCAGAGUCAUAAGUCUUUUGUGCGUGUGGGUGAUGUUUGUCUCUUAUUUUUCUUUAAAAAAAAACAAAAAAAAACGGACAUCUAAGUCAGGUGACAGACAAUAAGGAUUUACUGCUUGACUCGCAAUUUUCAGGAAGAUAUGAGAGCAAAUGUAGACAGAAUACUGGGUUGCAUUUAAGCUUUGCUUUUGCAAUUGUCUGCUUUUUCAUUUUUGUCCAGAAGCCUCAUUAGAGCUGUUUUACAGAUGUGAUGAGUCCUGACAUACUGAGAUGCUCUGUGCAAAUGGAAAAACUAAGCAACAGAAUUGCACAAAUUAUGCUUUUGACUAAUGAAGUGUUGCAGAGCAAAAUGUCUUCACAUAUGCAGUGCUUGUUAAAUAUCCUGUAAGAAAUAUGCUAUUUGUAACAAGAUUGAAAAUAUAUGUUUUAAAAGUGUUCCUAACAAUACCAACAACUGACUAAAGGAAAAGAUAAGAUAUUAUUUGAAUGUUGAAUGACAUGUAUUUAUUUUGUUGGUGUAGGAGGAAUCAAAUAAAAAAAGAUAGAAGUUCAAAUCAGAACUCUCCAUCCUGCUUGUUAAACAAAGCAAAGGAGCUGACAGCAUGUUGAAGAAUUAUGGAGGUUUUGGAGAGUAUCUGUGACCACUACACCAAGACUGCUGCAGCUGAAUUACUGGUGCAAAAGGAGCGCAUGCUGCAGGAUUUCCUCCUAUUAAAGUGGGAGUUUUAUUGAAAUGGACUCAGAGAGUCUUGUUUCAAUUGUAGAAAUGUUUCCUGAUUUAAAAACUUUAGCUGAAGUGAUGCUUAUAAUUCCAGUCUCUAGCAGCACAGCGUGGAGUUUGCCUCCAGAAAAGCAUAAAAAAUUCCCAUUAGAAGUAAUUUGUUUGAGGCAGAGGCAAAGUUCAAAAUAUCAUAACAAUAGCUUCUGUAACAAGUUUGAAACAUUUGAUAAUGAAUGAGCAGAUGAGGAAUUCAGCUUCUUGAGGAACACGAGAAAGUUAUUAGAUUAUGUGUUCAGGCCGCAGAGGGUGAAUGUUCAUAUUUUAGGUGCAUUGUUUCAUUUCAUUCUUUGUACUUACUGGGGCCAUAGUCAGAGGUUUAGUUAUUUUGGAGAAAAUGUUACAUGUAUUCAUCUGCUUCAUGUGUGAUAGCAUUAAUUGGAUUCUCUGUUGAGGUUGAAUAUUAAAAUGAAUGAAAAUUAAAUACAACAAAAUAUGUCAAUUUCAUUUUAAAAAUUGACAGGUAAGCAGAGUUUAUGGCAAGAUGUUUUCGAUCAUGCCAGUCAAAAAAACAAAACAACAAAAAUAUCUACUGCAACUACUGGUGCACUCACUUAUUUGAUAUUCCUGUUAAAAAGCACCUUUUUAUACUGAUUGCUUGUUUUUAAGUAGAGUGUGGCUGCAAAUAUUUUUCUGUCAACAAAAAGUGCUCUUAAAAUUACUUAUCUGCUUUGAGAAAUACUGGAAAGGUCUCUUAUGAUUUAUAGGUUUUAUAGUUUUCUGGUCUCAAACUAUGAUGAAGUUUUCCCUCUAAGGUUUGAAAGUUCUCAAUCUUACAUUGUUUUUUAAUGUAUGAGAAAUACGUACACUCCACAUAGGAGUUGUUUGUUAAAUUGCCUGUUUAUUGUCUCCACAUGUACAUGAUAAAGAUAUUGGACUACAUAUAUUGAUUUUAUAAUUUAGGGUAAUGAGGUACAUGUAUGUUGACAUGGUCUUCUACGUAGGCUUUUACAUUUUUAUUUUCAUUCUUCUGUACUGAUUUUCUUCUACACUGUGAAUGCCCUGAAUAUUUUUGUACUUUUUUGUAAUUUAGAACCACAACCUAUUAAAUUUCAAUUCCAGUCAUGCAAACACGGUUGUCUACUGAAGCUUGUUGCAUAAUAAAUUGUGCAAGGUUAACAUUGUGAAUGAGUUUCUUGUAUUUUCUGAGACUAAUCCAUCGUUUUCCUAUAAAUCUUUUUUUAGGUAA